AUGGAUAAUAGUUAUUUAAAUAAUCCCCAAUUUGAUAUUAAUAAUGGUAAUAAAGAAGUUACAGAUGAUGAUAAUAAUAAAAAUAAUCAAGAUAAUUUAGUAGCAAUUGUUGGUGUUGGUUUUAGAUUACCAAGUGGUGAAAAUGAAAGAAAUAAUACACCUCAAGCAUUAUGGAAUAAUUUAAUAAAUGGUUUCGAUGGUGUAGUGAAAACAUCGGAAAGAUUCAAUGAUAACUUUUUCAAAAAUCAUGAAAUAGCAAAUAACUAUUCAGGACUAUUACCAUUGGAUGAAGUUAAAUCAUUUGAUCCACUCUUUUUUGGUAUUACUCCUAAUGAAGCACAAACUAUAGAUCCUCAUCAAAGAUUAUUAUUAAAAUGUACAUGGGAAGCAUUAGAAGAUUCAUUAAUUGAUCCAAUAUCAAUCAAAGGUACUGAUACUUCUGUUUUCAUUGGCUCUUCAACAAAUGAUUAUCUUACAUUAAAUAGAAAUGAAGUAAAAUCAAAUGUGUUUGGUAGUAUGGCUCAUUCAAUUGCAAAUAGAGUAUCCUAUUGUUAUGAUCUUCAUGGUAAUUCAAUAACUCUAGAUACUGCAUGUUCAUCAUCUUUAAAUGCAAUCGCAUUAGGAUAUGAUUCAAUCAAAAAUAAAAAAUCAAAAAUGUCAAUUGUUGGUGGUGUUAAUAUAUUACUUGACCCAUAUCCAUAUAAGGCAUUCUCAAUUUUGAAUAUGUUAAGUAAAUCAAAUGGUAGAUGUAAAUCAUUUGAUGCAUCAGCUGAUGGAUUUGUUAGAGGUGAAUGUAUUGGUGUUGUUAUUUUAAAGAAUUUAAAAGAUGCAAUUAAAGAUGGUAAUAGAAUUUAUUGUACAAUAAAUGGUGCAAGUGCAAAUGUUGAUGGUAUUGGUUAUUCUGAUAAAUCAAAUUUCUAUUCACCAUCAUCAAUUUCACAAUCUGAAAAUUUAAAAAAUGCAAUUCAAUCAACCAAUGGAACUGUUAAACCAUCUGAUAUAGAUUAUGUUGAAGCACAUGGCACUGGUACACCAAAUGGUGAUCCUGUAGAAACCGAAGGUAUAUCAAAAGUUUUUAAAGAUACUCGUUCAACUGAUACUCCAUUAUUAAUUGGAUCAUUUAAAUCAAAUAUUGGUCAUUGUGAAGCUGCUUCUGGUAUUGCUUCAUUAAUCAAAUGUUGUUUAAUGUAUAAAAAUAAAUGUUUUGCACCAAAUAUUCAUUUUAAAACACCAAAUCCAGCAAUUAAAUUUAAAGAAUGGAAUUUAAAAGUUGUAACUGAACCAAUUCCAUUUAAUGAAAAUAAAAAUACUUCAAUGAUUAUUAAUAACUUUGGUGUUACUGGUUCAAAUUGUUGUUUAGUAUUAUCUCAAUUUAAUAAUACAAAUAAACAAAAACAACAAAUGAAAACAAAAAUAAAUAAUUAUUUAAUUCCAUUUUCAGCAAAUUCAGUUGAAUCAUUAAAAAAAUAUCAAUCAUUAAUUAUAAAUAGUAAAGAAAAUGAAUUAAAAUAUAGUUUUGAAGAAUUUGUUAAAAACCAAGUAUUUAUUAAACCAACAUCACUUUAUCAAAGAUCUGUAAUUGUUGCAAAAGAUUGGAAUGAUUUUAAUAAUGUUGAAAAUCAAGUUAAAUAUCAAACUUCAAGUAGUACUUCUUCAAAUAUUACAAUUACAAAUAAAAAUAAUAAUCCAAUAACUGUAUUUGUAUUUUGUGGUCAAGGAUCACAAUAUAAUACAAUGGCAUUAGAAUUAUAUAAAAAUGAAAAAGUAUUUAGAAAUUCGAUGGAUAUGCUAGAUAAUAAAAUGAAAAAUUAUUUUGGAUAUUCAAUUUUAGAGAAAUUAAGAGCAAUUCAAGAUAGUGAUAAACGUUCAGUUCAUGAACAAACAAUGGCACAACCAUCAACUGUAAUUAUUCAAGUAUCAUUAUAUGAACUUUAUAAACAUUGGGGUAUAAAAGCAUCAUUUAUGUUGGGUCAUAGUCUUGGUGAAGUAACAACUGCUUAUUGUUCAGGUAUGAUUGAUAUUGACCAAUUAUGUUAUUUAAUUUAUCAUAGAUCAACAUUACAAAUAAGAACAAAUGGGUUAGGUAAAAUGUUAUCAAUUAACAUUAGUUCAGAUGAAUAUAAAACUAACUAUAUGUCACGUUAUCCAACCAUUGAAAUUGCAUGUUAUAAUUCACCAUCAUCAAUUGUAAUCGCAGGUAAUGAACAAAUUUUAAAUGAAAUUUCAAAAGAAUUAAAAGAAAAAGAAAUUUUCUCAGCAAUGUUAGGAAGUUUAUCAAGUUUUCAUACAAGUAGUCAAAAUAUAAUUAAAGAUGAUAUUUUAAAUUUAAAUAUCCAAUCAAGUCAACCUGUUAUUCCAACAUUUUCAACAGUUACAUCAAAUUUAUUUAAUGAAUCAACUAUUUUUGAUUCUGAAUAUUUCUUUGAUAAUAUUUCAAAACCAGUUUCAUUCACUCAAACAAUUUCAAAUUUAUAUAAACAUAUUGAAGAUAAUCAAAUCGGUUCAAAUAUUGUAUUCAUUGAAAUUGCACCACAUCCAACAUUAUCAUUUUAUUUAAAACAAAUGAUUCCAAAACAAUCACAAUACUUUAGAAAUGGUGAAUCAAUAUCAGUUUAUUCAACACUUCAUAAGAAAAAGAAUGAUGUUGAAGAAUUUCAAAAAUCAAUUUCACAAUUAUUUUGUGAUGAUGCUUAUGAUAUUAAUUUUAAAUGUCAAUUUAAUAAUAUAAAUAGCAAUAUUGAGGCUAUUAGUAAUUUUAAUUUACCAUUAUAUCAAUGGGAUGAUCAACAUUAUUGGUUAAAUAAAUCAAUUGAACAUAAAAAUAAUUUAAUUGGACCACCAAUUUCAAUUCUCGGUAAUUCAAUGCAAGAUUCAAAUCCAUUUAUUAAAUCAUAUCAAACAAUAAUUGAUACUGGAAAAGAUGCAUUCAAAUAUUUAAAAGGUCAUAAUGUAUCUGAUAAAUGUUAUUUCCCAGGUGCAGGUUAUAUUGAUAAUCUUUUAAAAUUAUAUCCAAAUCAAGAUUUAACAAUUAAUUCAAUUGAAUUUAAAACACCUUUAAUAUUAUCAGAUGAUAAUGGUCAAUUUUUACAAACAAAUGUUUAUCAAACUGGUAAAAGUGAUUAUAGAGCUCAAUUUCAUUUUAAAGAUAAUAGAACAAAUGUAUGGGUUCAAACAUGUACUGCUAAUUUUCAAUUAUAUAAUAAUGGUAAAGUUGAUAAAUUAAAUUUAGAAGAAAUUAAAUCAACAAAAUGUAAUUUAUCAUCAAUACCAUGGGAUAAAUUUUAUCCACAUAUAAAAAAUAGAACUGGUUUAAACUAUAAAGACAAAUUUCAAAAUACAAUUGAAUGCUAUCUUGGUGAUAAUUGUUCAUUAACUGAAAUAUCAUUAGAAUUACCAGAAAACUUUCAUGAUCAAGAAUCAUUUUUUAAUACACCAAUUUUAGAUAUUUGCUUCCAUGGUUCAAUUGUUUUAAUUAAGGAUAAUUGUAAACUUGUUUUGGAUAAAAUUGAUGGUUUUAAAUUAUAUACAUCAAACAUUCCAAAAAAUAGAUUUGAUCAUUUAAGUAUUUUUGUAUAUACAACUAUGAAAUCAACAAAAUCAAAUUCAUACAAUUCAACAUACACAGUAAUGUUAGAAGAUGGUACUGUUAUACUUGAAGUUGAAAAUUUAAUAUGUACAUCAUUAACACCAGUUAAAGAUCCAUUAUUAAUUGAAAUUCCAACUGAUAUGUAUUAUACUCCAUAUCUUCAAUCAAAAGAUUCACAAAUUCAAUCACCAUUAGAAUUUAAAUCAAUUUAUCAAAACAAUCAAGAUAAUGAUAGCUUAUUAAUUCCAAAUGUUGUUUUAGAAACAAUUAAACCAUUAAUUAAUGAGCAAAUGGAAUUUAGAAUUUUAGAAUUUGGUGGUAAUAAUUUAUCAAAUUCAACUUUAUUAUUGAAUUCAAUCAAUUCAUUACUUGAAGAAAAUCCACAUUAUGAAAUUGAUAUUGAAUAUACAUGGAGUGAUAAUAAUUCAUCAAUUUUAAAAGAUGCUAAAUUAGAAUUAUCAAAAGUAGAUAAAGGUUAUUUAAGUAUUCUUUAUCGUUCAUUAGGUUUAGAUGUUGAUAAUUCAUUAUUAGAAAAACAAAAAUUAAAUCCAUCAUAUUAUGAUUUAAUUAUUGUUUCAAAUAUUUCAAAUUUAACAAAAGAUAUUAAAUAUUCAUUAAAUCAAAUUUAUCAAAUUUUAACACCAAAUGGUAAUUUAAUAAUAAAUGAACAACAACCAAACAAUGAAAAUAAUGAAAAUAAUGAAGAUUCAUUGAAAAACUUAUUGGUUAAUUGUAAUUUCAAUUCUGAUAUAAUGAUGAAAUCUUCAAGUGUAUCUGAUAGUGAUAUUAAAUCAAUUAUUAUUCAAGCUCAAAAACCAUCAUUAAAAUUACAACCAAAAACAAUAAACACUUUUGAUCAAGUCAUUUUAUAUUGUAAUCAAGAUGAACAAUUCCAACAACAACAACAAUUAAUUAAUAAAUUUGAAAGUCAUUAUAAUAAUAAUUGUAAAAUAAUAAAAGUAUCAACAAUUGAAGAAUUUUAUAAAUUAUCAACAACAAUUACAAAUAAUUCAAUCAUUUAUUUUAUAAAAUCAAUUGAACAAUUAACAUUGGAAAACUUUAAAUCAAUAACAUUUGAAUAUGUUCAAAUUAAUCAAAAAUUAUAUGAAUUUAAAUCAAAAUGUACUCACGUUUUAAUUACAUAUGAUUCUCAAUCAAGUAAUUAUUUAUCAUCAUCAAUUUUAGGUGCAGCAAGAUACUUUGAUGAAAUUCCAACUUUACAAUUAUUUACAUUUGAUUUUGAUAAAGAUUCAUUAAUUAAUUUAGACAUUUCGGUUAUAGAUCAUUUGAUAGAUCCAAAACAAAAUACAUUGAUUGAAUUCUUUAUUAAAAAAAAUGGUAAAGUUUAUUUUGAAAGAUUUAAAAAAGGUUUAAAGAAAAAUUCUUUUAAAUCAGAAUCAUAUCAUCAAAUUACAAAUGAACAAGAAAUUUUAAUUUCAAAAUUAGAUGAAAAUUUAGAUUAUCAAUUAAAAUCAAAAGAUUCAAUUUUAAAACCAUAUGAUAUUGAAGUAGAAAUUAAAGCAACUGGUUUAAAUUAUAAAGAUUAUUUAGUAUAUAGUGGUUUAAUAAAAUUAAAAGGUGAUAGUGUUGAUUUUGGUCUUGAUUUUUCUGGUAGAGUUAGUCGUGUUGGAAUUAAAUCAUCAAAAGAAUUUAAAGUUGGUGAUGAAGUUUAUGGUAUUGGACAAUCAACAUCAUCAUCUCAUAUUAUUAUUGAUUCAAUGCAUGCAUGUCAUAAACCAUCAAAGAUUACACAUGUUCAAGCAGCUUCAAUUCCAGCAGUUUAUGCAACUUCAAUUCAUUCUUUAUAUAAUAUUGGUAAUUUAAGAGAAGGAGAAUCAAUUUUAAUUCAUUCAGGAUCUGGUGGUGUUGGAUUAUCAGCAUUGGAAAUAUUAAAAUCAAAUAAUCAUUCAUCUCCAAUAUUUGUUACAGUUGGAUCAGAAGAAAAGAAACAAUAUCUAAUUAAUACCUAUGGUAAUUUAAUCACUGGAAUUUAUUCAACAAGAGAUACAAAUUAUCAAAAACAAAUUAAAAACAAAUUAAUUGAAUUAGGUUAUGAAACUCAUGGUGUUGAUUUAAUUAUUAAUACUUUAUCAAGUGAAUUUAUGGAUAGCAAUUUCAAAUGUUUAAAUCCAGAAGGUAGAAUUGUAGAUUUAACAAUUACUCAUUUAAAUCCAAAUGAAUUUAUUGAUAAUAAUAAAUUUAAAUAUAAUUUUGGUUAUCAUAAUAUUGAAUUAUAUUAUUGUGAAAAGCCAACAAUUAAGAAACUAUUACAGUCAAUUUCAAAAUCAAUUGAAAAUAAUACAUUAAAUUAUUUAAUUCCAAUUACAGAAUUUUCAAAUUCAAAUAUUAAAAAAGCAAUUGAAUACAUUAAUGAACGUAAACAUGUUGGAAAAAUUGUAAUUUCUCAUGAUACAGAUAUUACUAAUAAAUUAAUUGAAAAUCAACCUAAAAUUGAUUACUCUUUAUUGAAAUCAAAUUAUAAAAUUAAAAAUCUUGGUAAAAAUGUAUUGGUUACAGGUCAAACUGGUCUAAUUUUAGAUAUUAUAAAUUGGAUUAUGAAAUAUAAUUCAACUGUUGAAAAUAUAAUUAUUCUUUCAAAAUCAUCAAUGAAAUGGGAAAUGGAAUUUUUAAUUAACAACAAUAAGACAAAAAUUAAAUUCUAUUAUAAAAGAUGUGAUAUUGGUGGUGAUUCAGAUUCAAUUAAUAAAACAUUUGAUAAAUUGUUUACAGAAAAUCCAACAAUUACAAACAUUGAUUCAAUAUUCCAUUUUGCAGUUGUACAAAUUACAAGAAAAGUAAAAGAUAUUGAUAUGAAAUCAUUAAAUAUUUCACAUGAUGCAAAAACAAUUGGUGCAAUUAAUUUACAUAAUCAAUCAAUUAAAAGAGAUUGGAAAUUAAGUAAUUUCAUAUUAGCAUCUUCAAUUCUUUCAAAAGUUGGUUCAUUAGAUCAAUGUGGAUAUGUUUCAGCAUGUUGUGUACUUGACUCAUUUUCAAAAUAUCGUUUAUCUAUUGGAUUACCUGCAUUAUCAAUUAAUAUUGGUGCUAUGGGUGGAAGUGGAAUGGUUGCAAGAAGUGAACUUGUUGAAACUGUACUUAAUGGUCAAGGUUAUAAUUUAACCUCAACAAACCAACUAUUAGGUACAAUUGAUUUAUUAAUUCAAAAUCCUGGUCAAGAAUCAAAUAAUUUAAUGGUUGGUAAUUUUAAUUUCCCAGUUUUUAAUAAUUUCAAACAAAAGAUUCAUCAAAAAUUUGAUUUUAUUUUUAAUGCUCUUGAUUCAAACUCUGAAAAUGGUGAUGGUAGUAAUAUCAAAAAUUCAACAAAUAUUAAAGAUAAAUUUUUAAACAAAGUAUCAGAAUUUCUUUCAAUUGAUUCAUCUAAAAUUAAUAAUGAUAUUAAAUUAAUGAAUUAUGGUGCUGAUUCAUUAAUUACUGUUCAAUUAAAGAAUUGGGUUGAUAAAGAAUGGUCUCCAAAUUUAAUUACAAUUCAUCAAAUUCAAUCAAAUUCAAUUGGUAUGGUUUGUCAAAUUAUAAAUGAUAAUUUUGAAAAAAAAAAAUAA